GAGAACGGCUUAAAUAUGAGCGACCAGCUUCUCCCAGCAUCCAUCCAGCUCUCCGUCAUGCUCUGCUCCACGCUCGUCCUGACGGUAUCAUGUGUGCUGAUAACUUCAGCUGGCUCCCAGAAGCUUCACGUUGUGGCGUGUGAAGGAUCAGUGGCUCAGCUGAAGUGUGAGAACGGUGAGGUUAUAUCUGUGACCAGUGCUACAUACGGACGUAGAGACCAGAAGACAUGCAUCGCUGGACGACCCACCAACCAGAUAACCAACGUCCAAUGCUCCAGGAGCUCAGACAGCGUUGGCCAGAGCUGCAACGGGAAGCAGAGCUGUUCUAUCACAGCAGCAAACUCUGUGUUUGGAGAUCCCUGCGCUGGAACCUACAAGUACCUGGAGGUGGAGUACAAAUGUGAAAACCCUGAAAGAAAACCUCAGAGUGGUCCCACUGUGGCAUGUGAGGGAUCAGUGGCUCAACUCCAGUGUGACAAAGGUGAGGUUAUAUCUGUGACGAGUGCUACAUACGGACGUAGAGACCAGAAGACAUGCAUCGCUGGACGACCCGCCAACCAGAUAACCAACGUCCAAUGCUCCAGGAGCUCAGACAGCGUUGGCCAGAGAUGCAACGGGAAACAGCUUUGUAACGUCGAAGCCAGUAACUCGAUGUUUGGAGAUCCCUGCGUUGGAACCUACAAGUACCUGGAGGUGGAAUAUAUUUGUUACGCUUUUCUGACUGGGUGAAACCGUCAUCAGGUCUCCUGUGUUCUGGAUGAAAUUCAUAAUAAUCAGGAAUAUCUACAGCAUUGAUUAGCAGCUUAAUGUCUCUUCAAAUUAAAUUUAAAUACUUUAUUGGUGUCAAGGGGAAAUUUUCUACUCUUCUCUUUCUUUUAAGUUUUCUCAACCUGUUUUGCUUUUUUAUUUCAAUUUUUCAUGAAUAAACCUGACUUGCAUUUA